AUGGAAAAAGACCAACGACGACACAAGCAUCUCAACUUUCAACAGGCGUAUCUUUUAUUAUCGGAAUAUCAGUCCUUACUGAACAGCUUCCUCUAUAAAUUGCACAUUGGAAUGGGUAUUACGUGUUCACAAAGAGGCAAUUCAAGACAUGAUGGGAACAGUGACCUCAAUCUUCAGCUUCGAACAAGAAAAAAAAAAGUUAUCCACAACAUUGUGUCCAGUAGCAAUGUUACCAUCAAUUCCGGUGACACUCGUUUAAUCUUCCAACAAUUAUGCCAUUGCCAAGGAUUUGAUUCGACUGGGGAUGUUCAGCAAAGAGAGCAUCCUUCAACAUCAUCACAAGACCAUGCUAUCUUUCCAAAUGAUUGGUUACGAACGAUCCACGAGGAUCUAUCACGUCAAAUGGAAGCACAUCGAUCAACAUCAUCUACAACAAACGAUUACAUCUCACAGUUGGUGACUGGAAGGGCAACACUCAGUCUAAAUAUCAACUUCAAUGAUGGUAAUUCCUCUGUCGUUGCAACUUCGACACCAGUGCCAUCCGCUCAUCAACAUGUCUCAACAUCAUCCUCACCGUCAACGCCAAAUACAAAUCAUCAGGUGCCGCCUCUUUACCGGAUGAAUCGUGCUAUAAAAUCACUGGAUGACUUGUGGAGAGAAUGGUACGUUGGGCUUACCGGUGGUUACGCAGUGGACGAUUUAGAAAAACGUUGGGGGAUCGCAGUGGAGGAAGGACAGCAAGGAAAGAAAGUUUUACAGUCGAAGACGCCGGAUUAUCGACCAGAUCAACAAGUACUCUGUGGAAAGGAAUGUAUCAACAAGAACAGCCCUGGAGCGUGCAGAGGAACGACGCGCCCGCCAUGGAUAUUCAUUACAUUACUUAGGUGA